UAGAGAUGGCGGCGACGACAGCCGAGGUUGCGGCCUCUGGCUCUGGAGAAGCCCGGGAAGAGGCUGAAGCUCCGGGUCCGGCCUGGGAUGAGUCCCAGCUACGAAGUUACAGCUUUCCGACCAGGCCGAUCCCACGUCUGAGCCAGAGUGACCCUCGGGCGGAAGAGCUCAUCGAAAAUGAGGAGCCUGUGGUGCUGACCGACACAAACCUUGUGUAUCCUGCUCUGAAGUGGGACCUCGAAUACCUGCAAGAGAAUAUUGGCAACGGAGAUUUCUCUGUGUAUAGUGCCAGCACGCAUAAGUUCUUAUACUACGAUGAGAAGAAGAUGGCCAACUUCCAGAACUUUAAGCCGAGGUCCAACAGGGAGGAAAUUAAGUUUCAUGAGUUCGUUGAGAAACUACAAGCUAUACAGCAGCGCGGGGGAGAAGAGCGGUUGUAUCUGCAGCAAACACUCAAUGACACCGUGGGUAGAAAGAUUGUCAUGGACUUCUUGGGUUUUAACUGGAACUGGAUUAAUAAACAGCAGGGGAAGCGUGGCUGGGGGCAGCUGACCUCUAACCUGCUGCUCAUCGGCAUGGAAGGAAAUGUGACACCUGCUCACUAUGAUGAGCAACAGAACUUUUUUGCCCAGAUAAAAGGCCAUAAGAGAUGCAUCUUAUUUCCUCCAGAUCAGUUUGAGUGCCUCUAUCCAUACCCUGUUCAUCACCCCUGUGACAGGCAGAGCCAGGUGGACUUUGACAAUCCUGACUAUGAGAGUUUCCCCAAUUUCCGAAACGUGGUUGGUUAUGAAGCAGUGGUCGGCCCUGGGGAUGUUCUCUACAUCCCCAUGUACUGGUGGCACCACAUAGAGUCAUUACUAAAUGGGGGAAUUACCAUCACUGUGAACUUCUGGUAUAAGGGGGCUCCCACCCCUAAGAGAAUCGAAUAUCCUCUCAAAGCUCAUCAGAAAGUAGCCAUCAUGAGGAACAUUGAGAAGAUGCUUGGAGAGGCCUUGGGGAACCCACAAGAGGUGGGGCCUUUGUUGAACACCAUGAUUAAAGGCCGUUACAACUAACCUGCCAGAGGUCAAGGCCUCCUGCCAGGUGACUGCUGUCCUGUCCACUUGCUUCGUUGAUGAGGACAGGACACUCCAAGCACUAGUAUUGCACGCUGCACUUAAUGGACUGGACUCUUGCCAUGGCCCUGGAGGCAGGUGUCUGAGGCAAGGCAGGGUAGUUGACUCCACUCCCAUUUGGAAAGGUUUCUCACCCUUGCCUCUUGAGCCCCAGAACCUUCCCUAUUUGCCCCCCUGAAGUCCUGCAUUUAGUGUGUGGAGUCCCAGCUUCUGGUUGUAAUCAUGUCUGUGUUAGUCUGUUAACCUCAGGGUGUGUGUGUGUACAUGUGUGCAUAUGCAUGUGUGUAUACACACACAUGCAUGGAUCUGUUCCUUGUUCCCUCUUCCUGGGUCAGGAUAUCACUUCUGGCUCUCAGCUCCUGUCUCCUGAAGCCUCAGUGGCUUAGCCUGGGAGGGGAGAUGCUCCUGCAUCCCUACAACAUCUGGACUGUGAUGCCAGAAUGAAUCUGUACAUCAGUCUGCCGUCUGCCAGUUUUUGCAGCAUAGUCAGGCUACAAACCAGGUGGCAAUAACUGCUGGGACCUAGUAGGGGGCGCCAAGAAGGAGGCUUAUCUUUGGGAGCCUAGGUAGCCUUCUAGUGGAAGAGGAUUAGAUAGGAUUCCAGGUGAGAACUACACGCUCAAGCCAUACAUAGAAGGAAAACCUGGGGACCUAAAACCAGAGGAUUGUGCGUAUGUCUAAAUACAGGCAGACGCAGCUGUUCUCUGUCAGUACCAGCUCUUGUCCCUGUGCUGCACUGAGGGGAUUCUAGCUCUGACUUCUUUGGACUCCAGGGGUAUGAACCUCUGCAUGUGUUUGUACACAUCUGCACACUUAUGUGUGUUCACACUUGCCAUCCUUCUUGCUUACUAAAGUUCUCUACUGCUUACACUGUCCAGUGUGACAGUACAGUGUGAACCCAGAUACUGUCUGACUUAGCCUAUAGCUUUUAAACUUGGAUUUUAGCCAUCCUAUCUUGGUCAGAUCUUACUGCAGCCUACUUAAAGCUGACUGGCUCAAGCCUCCAGGUCCCGCGUCUUUCCCUGUCCAGGCCACGUUCCCUGCUCCUGCUGAGCUUCCUGGCUGAGUAGAUGAAAUGGGGUCAAACUUAGGCAGCUAACUCAAUACAUUUCAUCCACCUCAGGGCAAGGGAAAAUAAUGUCCUCUUGCCUCUUGGAGCCAGCGCCUCUGUCAGACCCAGCAAAGCGUGGCAUGACAGCUAGAGUAGAACUGGUAGAGCUUGGAGACAGAAUUCACUUUUCUGUUGGUUCUGUUUAUGGGAACCCUCCUCAGGGCUGCAACUCAGAGCUGGGCAGCUCAGUGUUACACAGCACAGAGCGCCAUCAUUCACAUCUGUUAAGAGGGAGUGGUGGCCCUGUGUCCACUUACCUCAAGUCCCUUCUCCAUCGUCCUUUUCUUUAAAAUCUGAGUUAGAAGUCUGAUUUUAUCCUUUCCUUUGUCACCUUCCCUGUAGAUUUGACCUCCAGUGUCAAGCUACGGGUCUUAGCCCUGAAGCUGAGCUUACAGUGCCCCAUGGGCUGAAAAGAUGCAUUUGUAUGCUUGUGCACCCCUCUGUGCACUCAAAGGGAACUCUGAUGUAGUGUGGGUAUGCAGACCUGAUAUCUUCUGAGUAUGGCUCUUUAAAUACACCCAGUGCUGGACAGUGUGGUUGCAAUAAACUCAUGCCUCCAUCUCUCUUGGGAAAGAGGAACACAGCAGAAGAGCAAGGCAGAGCAGUCUCAGUGUGGCCACCAUGGCAGAUUUUCGUUCUCAGCAGAUCUGUGGCCCUGGCUCUGCCCUCAAAGGUGUCAGCUGUAGCAGGGAUCUGCUUAGUUGAUCCUUCAGUAUACUCUGCCUCUCACAGGUCUGACAUAGAGUGGCUGGGGGCAAGGAGAGAAAAGGUGAGCUUUGGGACCAUCACAGGAUUAGCUCUGAUGCUGGUAUGAUGUCAUAGCUGUUCCUGAUUUUAGACACCUGAUGUGUACCUAUUGCUUUUAGUUCUGUCCCUCCCAAUGCUGCAUGGUAGCUUCUUACUUCACAGAUGAAGAAACCGCUCAGAGUGUAGGUGAAGAGUGGUAGUCAAGACAAAAACUAAUGCUGUUUGGCUAUAAACCCACCCCUCCCCUGCUCCUCCAUUUCUUCCAAAUACUGUUGGCUCUCUACCUCGCCUCAAGCCUUGUUCCCUAGGCAGUGUGCAGGCAGGCUCAGGCAAGAGGGUGUGGAAGGGUGAAAGGCUUUGGGGGCUUCAGCUAGAGACCUGGGCAAGCUGCCUGGAAAGCCAUAUUAACAAGGGGAGGGUUCUGGGAAGAAGUGGAGAGUGAGCUCUGGCUCUGCUGGGGAGGGGUGCUGUGUACUCUGCAGUGUAGGUCCCAUAGCUCUUCUCAGCAUGCCUCUGCAUGGGACUCGGGUUCCGCUGGCCCACUUCCUCCUGGGAAUGACAUGCAAGAUCUCACCUAGCUUAGGGCUGGUGGGGCUUCAGUUGUACUUGCAACAGAGGAAGCAUUGCUUCAGUGUCUACCCAUUCUAGCCAGCAGUGCAGGAGUCAGACGUGCCAAGGAAGGUGGAGACAGGCUUGUCUCGGGGUCAGCCAUGUUGCAAGCUCUCACAUUUUUAUCAGCAGUACAGUGAAAACUACUGUUUUGUGAAGUCAAAUAUUUGCUGGGGGGUUGGAGUUACGGGGUGGAGGAGGGGCUGUUCUGGGCAUCAGUUGAGCAGAUGCCCAGGAUGCCUGGGGGAGACCAGCUUCCCCAACAAAUCAGAGCUCUAAAUUACAAGGUUUUUACCAACGCGAACAGUUGGGGGAAGUCGUCUGCUCUCAUUUGCGUAAUGGUUUCUGUCACUGGUGAUUAGACACAGGAUGAAGGAAAAGAAAUUUGACAAUUAGGAAUGAGCCAUCAUUAAUCUGAAUCUGUUAGGAGACAGAGAGAGGAAGGAUCCUUACUAGUGGGCCCACCCAGUAUGUGGAAACACUCCUGUCCCUGACCCCACAAUCCUCUGGGCCAAGUACCUAUUGGAGUUCCCACAAGUGCGGGUAGAGCUUGCAUGCCUUCAUAGACUAGGAGUCCAGUCCCAGCUUGAAGUUGGUUUGGAAACUGACAUCUUUCUGCAUGAGCCAGCGAAGUUGACGGUAGAUGAGUGAGUGGUGGGCACAGUAGGCUAGUUAAGAUGUGUGCUUAGUUACGGGAAGUGUUUCUGUAGUCAACACUGUUGAGCUCCACUAGUGACAAGCAUCUGUCACUUCCCAGCACUUGGGCUUGUGCAGGAAACCUGAUCUUUAUCAAAGCCCAGACCCUGGUGGAAGUUGGGAAGGAAACCAUUUGAAGAGUAGCAGAGACGAGGUGUGUGCAAGGAGGGCUGUUGUGAGGAAGAGCCAGGUGUAGCACAGGCUACCUGAGGGGGAGACUCUUCCUCGAGCCUCUCAGCAGCAUUGACUCCCUCUGGAUCAGUGAGCCAUUGCUGUGGGGAACACUGAGGUUCCUGGCUCAGUGACCCAGUGAUGAGGCUAUUAAAAGGUGUGGGGAAUCCAACUUUGAUCUUCCAGUGUUUGAGAUUUACCUCACCACUCACCCCCGUCCCUUCAAAUGCCUACGAAUAGUAAUCUGUACCAAGUAGUAGUCCUCACCAUUAGUGUGUUCCUUAGACCCCAGGUCCCCUCAAGGCUUGAGGAGAAGGGGCUCCUCUGUCUCCUUUCAUAAUGUGAACUUCUCAAGGAUGGUGCUAUCUCAAUCCUUGUUAAGUUCCCUGCCUCUGUUGUCUUUCAUCCUUCAAAACUUGGUGCAGAAUUUAGCAAGGGCUACCAGCAGUGACCCUCUGACCAGUUUUACCUAGAUGGGCAGGUGUGGGGUCGGGGAUAGCUCAGGGUUCUAGAGGCCCAGACCUUUCCGGUUCCUAUUUCUCUUGGCAUCCUCUUAACCCAUCCCGAAGUGGCUCUUUGAGCUUUCUUACACCCAGGCUCUCUAGCCUCUUUACCAAGGCUCUUUUCCUCAAAGAAGCUCUCUGGCUCUAGUGCUAGACAGCUUGUCUAGAGGAUCCCUCUCCGCAGAGUUUCUCUCUGUCCUUUCUUCACUUCUGACCUCAGGUAGCUCUGUUGCUGUGUCUGUCUGCUUUGUUCACUUGCCAUUCUUUGGUCUUUCCAUGCUGGGUCAGCUUGACUCACUCUGGCAGUCCUUUCUACUACUUCAGUCAGUGCUGUUUAACUAUAGACUUAUAGGGGCCUGACUGCAGCCCUUUUGAGCACUUUGGGGACGUUUCUGGAGGAACAGUGGCUCAGAAACUGGUGUCCUCAAGGCCCAUGGGCCUGUGAUUAGUGAUGCCUUGGAGACAGUUGGGGAGGGACCUGGAGAGGGGAAGGACUUGGUGAGAGACUGCGAGAAAGAGGCCAGGCUUGGGAAGCCAGGGUGGCAGGAGCGAGCUCUGUAUUUCCAUCUGAGUGUACCCUCGUGCCUUAGGGUCCAGCAGUUCAGGGAUGAGGGACAUUUUCUGAAUGUCUCCUAAAUUCUCUCAGGUCUUUGGCUCAGUGUCACCAAGUUUGACCCCUUCGUUCCUGAGCUUGCUAGAGAAGAAGCAGCAUAUUGAGUAGUCUGGUGUCAGGAGUGGAGGCCUCCCAUGAGAAAGGUGGAAAUGGUAGGGGACAAGAGAAAGGGCCCAGUGGUCAGUCAGCUUAUCACCGGAUGACUCUCCAUUCCUCCAAGAGAAUAAGUACAACAGCUGAUUCAAGAAGUUCCUUUAAAACUGCCCGCCCUCUUUACCUAACAUCUGUUCUCAUUUUGGGAAGGAAUGUGUGUCCUUAAUUUUCAAGGGGAAACAGUCUAGUGUUUAAAAGCAUGUGUCUGGGGUCUGGUCCCUUCGGUACAUUUCUAGCAUACUACUUACCAGCUGGGUUUGACCUUGGUUGAUUCAUUUAACCUGAGUCUGUUUCCUUUACUAUAAUGACUUGUGGGGGUGGGGGUUUGAAAAUAUCUACCUCAGGGUUGCUGGAUUAACUGAAAUAAUGUCUGUAAAGCUUUAGCACAGUGCCUGGCAAGCACUUAAUAAAUGGCUGUGGUGGUGGUGGUUUAUAGUAUGACUUAUUUUAAAAA